AAAGGAUUUUCUCAAAUUCAUCAAAAAACAUUUUCUCAACAACAACCAACAAUGGCAACUUCCAUGACCCAUCUUUUUGUUACCAUCUUGAUUUUGGCCGCCCACACGGCCUUCGCCGAAACAAAUAUGCUUCAAGAUUUUUGUGUUGCUGAUCUCAAGGGUGCGAAAGUCAACGGAUAUGCUUGCAAAGACCCGGCACAAGUAACACCAGAGGACUUCUACUUCAUAGGCUUAGCCAAUGCUGCAGCUACCAGCAACAGCUCAAUGGGCUCAGCCGUUACAGGAGCAAACGUUGAGAAAAUCCCUGGCCUCAACACUAUGGGUGUCUCCAUCUCCCGGAUCGACUACGCACCAGGAGGACUCAACCCGCCGCAUCUCCACCCGCGAGCUUCUGAAGCCAUAUUCGUCCUCGAAGGACGUCUCUUCGUCGGCUUCUUGACCAGCGCAGGAAAACUCAUAUCAAAACAUGUCAACAAAGGAGAUGUCUUUGUAUUCCCCAGAGCUCUCCUCCAUUUCCAGCAGAACCCUCACAAAGCUCCUGCUUCCGUGAUCGCUGCUUUCGAUAGUCAGCUUCCCGGGACUCAAGUUGUUGGGCCAUCUCUGUUUGGUGCUAACCCGCCGAUUCCUGAUGACUUGCUUGCCAAGGCGUUCCAGGUUGGACCACAGGAGAUUCAGAAGGUUAAGGCCAAAUUCCCACCCAAGAAAUGAACAUAUAGGUUUCACACCAUACCCAUUUAAUUCAAAAAUGAUAUACAAAUAAUGAAACAUGAAAAAAAAAUUGUAAACU